CUUUCCGUCUCUGGCCGGCUGGGCGCGGGCGACUGCUGGCGAGGCGCGUGGGUCCUCGCGCUGGUUCCCCUCAGUCCCCUCUGCCGGCCCUGGCCAUUGGGGAGUUGGCUGACCCCGGGUGAGCCGAGCCUGCCGCCAAGAUGCCGGCCUACUUCCAGAGGCCGGAAAAUGCGCUCAAACGCGCCAACGAAUUUCUUGAGGUUGGCAAAAAACAGCCUGCUUUGGAUGUUCUUUAUGAUGUUAUGAAAAGUAAGAAACACAGAACAUGGCAAAAGAUACACGAACCAAUUAUGCUGAAAUACUUGGAACUCUGCGUGGACCUUCGCAAGAGCCACUUGGCUAAGGAAGGAUUAUACCAAUAUAAGAACAUCUGUCAGCAGGUGAACAUUAAAUCUUUGGAGGAUGUUGUCAGGGCGUAUUUGAAGCUGGCAGAGGAGAAAACCGAAGCUGCUAAGGAGGAGUCCCAGCAGAUGGUGUUGGAUAUAGAAGAUCUGGAUAAUAUUCAAACCCCCGAGAGUGUUCUGCUGAGUGCUGUAAGUGGGGAAGACACUCAGGAUCGGACUGACCGACUGCUUCUAACUCCCUGGGUUAAAUUCCUGUGGGAAUCGUACAGACAGUGUUUGGACCUCCUUCGAAACAACUCUAGAGUGGAACGCCUCUACCAUGAUAUUGCCCAACAAGCCUUCAAAUUCUGCCUUCAGUAUACUCGUAAGGCUGAAUUCCGUAAGCUGUGUGACAAUUUGAGAAUGCAUUUAGCACAAAUCCAGCGCCACCAUAACCAGAGCACAGCCAUCAAUCUGAAUAACCCAGAGAGCCAGUCUAUGCACCUGGAGACGCGGCUCGUGCAGCUGGACAGCGCCAUCAGCAUGGAGCUGUGGCAGGAAGCGUUCAAAGCUGUGGAAGAUAUUCAUGGGCUAUUCUCAUUGUCUAAAAAGCCACCUAAACCUCAGUUAAUGGCAAAUUACUAUAAUAAAGUCUCAACUGUGUUCUGGAAAUCUGGAAACGCUCUUUUUCAUGCAUCUACACUCCAUCGUCUUUACCAUCUGUCCAGAGAAAUGAGGAAGAAUCUUACACAAGAGGAGAUGCAACGGAUGUCUACCAGAGUCCUCCUGGCCACACUUUCCAUCCCCAUCACACCGGAGCGCACAGACAUUGCUCGGCUUCUGGACAUGGAUGGUAUCAUAGUGGAGAAGCAGCGUCGCCUGGCAACACUGCUAGGUCUUCAAGCCCCACCGACUCGAAUUGGCCUCAUUAAUGAUAUGGUCAGAUUCAACGUGCUGCAGUAUGUUGUUCCAGAAGUGAAAGACCUUUACAAUUGGCUUGAAGUGGAAUUUAACCCGCUGAAGCUCUGUGAGAGAGUCACGAAGGUUCUGAACUGGGUGCGGGAGCAACCUGAGAAGGAGCCAGAGUUGCAGCAGUAUGUGCCGCAACUGCAAAGCAACACCAUCCUUCGCCUCCUGCAGCAGGUGGCCCAGAUUUAUCAGAGCAUUGAGUUUUCUCGUUUGACUUCUCUGGUUCCUUUUGUUGAUGCUUUCCAACUGGAACGGGCCAUAGUAGAUGCAGCAAGGCAUUGUGACCUGCAGGUUCGUAUUGACCACACUACUCGCACUCUGAGCUUUGGAUCUGAUUUGAAUUAUGCUACCCGCGAAGAUGCUCCAAUUGGUCCUCAUUUGCAAAGCAUGCCUUCAGAGCAGAUCAGAAACCAGCUCACAGCCAUGUCCUCGGUGCUGGCCAAAGCGCUUGAAGUCAUUAAACCAGCUCACAUACUGCAAGAAAAAGAGGAGCAGCAUCAGUUGGCUGUUACUGCAUAUCUGAAAAACUCGCGGAAGGAGCAUCAACGCAUCCUGGCUCGCCGACAGACAAUCGAGGAACGGAAAGAAAGGCUGGAGAGUCUGAAUAUUCAGCGGGAGAAAGAAGAGCUGGAGCAGAGGGAAGCCGAGCUGCAGAAAGUUCGGAAAGCUGAGGAGGAAAGGCUGCGCCAGGAGGCAAAGGAGAGAGAGAAGGAGCGGAUCUUACAAGAACAUGAGCAAAUCAAGAAGAAGACUGUGCGUGAGCGUUUGGAGCAGAUCAAGAAGACAGAACUGGGGGCCAAAGCAUUCAAAGACAUUGACAUUGAGGAUCUUGAAGAACUGGAUCCAGAUUUCAUCAUGGCCAAACAGGUUGAACAGCUGGAAAAGGAAAAGAAGGAACUUCAAGAACGACUAAAGAAUCAAGAAAAGAAGAUCGACUAUUUUGAAAGAGCAAAACGUUUGGAAGAAAUCCCUCUGAUCAAGAGUGCGUAUGAGGAACAGAGGAUUAAGGAUAUGGAUCUGUGGGAGCAGCAGGAGGAAGAGAGGAUUACAACUCUGCAGUUGGAGCGGGAGAAGGCUCUGGAGCACAAGAACCGGAUGUCCCGGAUGCUGGAGGACAGAGAUCUGUUUGUGAUGCGACUGAAAGCCGCCCGACAGUCUGUAUACGAGGAAAAACUUAAACAGUUUGAAGAGCGGUUAGCAGAGGAAAAACGCAGUCGCUUGGAGGAGCGCAAGAGACAGCGCAAAGAGGAGCGCAGGAUCACUUACUAUCGCGAGAAAGAGGAGGAGGAGCAGAGGCGGGCGGAAGAGCAGAUGCUGAAAGAGCGUGAAGAGAGAGAACGUGCUGAACGAGCAAAACGAGAGGAAGAGCUCCGAGAAUAUCAGGAACGUGUCAAGAAACUGGAAGAAGUGGAAAGAAAGAAGCGCCAGAGGGAAUUGGAGAUUGAAGAGCGAGAGCGUCGGCGUGAGGAGGAGAGGCGGCUUGGUGAGGACCCACUGUCUAGGAAGGACUCGCGCUGGGGAGACAGAGACUCAGAAGGCACUUGGAGAAAGGGGCCCGAGGCGGACUCUGAGUGGAGACGAGGCCCGCCGGAGAAGGAUUGGAGACGCGCAGAAGGCCGGGAUGAAGAGCGGCCUCACCGCAGAGAGGAGGACCGGCCGCGGCGCUUGGGAGACGACGACGACAGAGAGUCUGCUCUCAGGCCGGAUGACGAGCGCAUCCCCCGGCGCGGCCUGGAUGACGACAGAGGCCCCAGGCGUGGUCUCGACGACGAUCGGUUCUCCCGCCGCGGGCUGGACGAUGACCGGCCUUCCUGGCGCAGUGCAGACGACGACAGGCCUCCCCGACGGAUUGGCGACGAUGACAGGGGCAGCUGGCGCCAUGCGGAUGAUGACAGGCCUCCCCGACGAGGACUGGAGGAGGACAGAGGACCAAGACGUGGGAUGGACGAGGACCGGGGGCCCAGGCGAGGUGCUGACGACGAGAGGGCCUCCUGGCGAAAUGCCGAUGACGAUCGAGGUCCCCGGAGGGGCCUAGAUGAUGACCGUGGUCCCCGGCGAGGCCUGGAUGAUGACCGGGGUCCCCGGCGAGGCCUGGACGACGACCGGGGUCCCCGGCGAGGCCUGGACGACGACCGAGGACCUUGGAGAAAUACCGAUGAUGAUCGAAUUCCUAGACGGGGAGCUGAUGACGACAGGGGCCCUUGGAGAAACAUGGAUGAUGACCGGCUCUCCAGGCGGGGCGAGGACUCCAGACCCGGUCCGUGGAGACCAUUUGUGAAGCCAGGUGGAUGGAGAGAGAAAGAAAAGGCGAGAGAAGAGAGUUGGGGACCUCCUCGAGAAUCAAGAGCACCUGAGGAACGUGAAUGGGAGAGAGAAAGAGACAGAGACCAUCCAGACCGCGAGGAGAAUGACAAGGAGUCUGAAAGAGACCGGGACAGGGAGAGGGACGGGGACCGAGAAGAGCGUUUCCGAAGGCCCAGGGAUGAAGGCGGCUGGAGGCGAGGACCAGCUGAGGAAGCUUCUAGCUGGAGAGAUUCAAGUCGCCGAGAUGAUAGGGAUGACCGGCGCCGAGACGACCGGCGGGAUCUGAGAGAUAGACGGGAUCUGAGAGAUGACCGGGACCGGAGAGGACCCCCCCUGAGAUCAGAGCGCGAAGAAGUAAGUUCUUGGAGGCGUGCUGACGACAGGAAAGAUGACCGAGCCGAAGAGCGGGAACCUCCUCGUCGAGUUCCUCCCCCAGCUCUUUCUAGGGACCGGGACCGGGACCGAGAGCGGGACCGAGAGCGGGAUCGGGAUCGGGAUCGGGACCGGGACCGGGACCGGGAGCGGGACCGAGAGCGAGAGGGCGACAAGGAGAAGACCUGGAGAGGUGACAAGGACAGGGAGUCUCUGCGGCGCACCAAGAAUGAGACUGAUGAGGACGGGUGGACCACAGUGCGCCGCUAGGUCCCCAGGACGGAUUCCAGCCGCCGUCUUACCUAGGUUUGGUCCCAUUCAAGGAUUAUUAUACUUGUGCUUCAGCCAAUUUCAAUUGGGUUCUUUAACCUUGUUUCACCAUUACACAAAAGCAUGAACUUGUAUUAAUCCUAUAUAUUAGAUUGAUCAUGCACCAUAUCCACAGAAGGUUGGAAAACCAUGCCAUUUUCUGAAAUUUAAGGUGUUGCAUUAUUCAUCAAUCAUUUGUUUACAAAAAAGGAAAAUUAAAAAAUAAAAUGUGAACCCUUCAGGUAUUGAGUAACACCUGUAUCUUGGUAUAGAAUUGAUCCUUUUCUUUUGAUUUUGAAAUAUCUGAUAUUAAUUUGGAAUGAGAAUUUGGAAUAAGGUUCUGUUUAAAAUGUGUCUGUCUGAAGACCUUUUAGGGCAGUGGGCCUGAGACAGUUUCCAUAUCACUUAGUAAUUGUAACAUACCUCAUUUAGGAAUUUUGAGGUAUUUACUGCGAACUAAAUUUGCAAAGACUUUAGAUCCACUCUGCAGUAAACAUCACACACAUUGGAUCCAGUGGGGUCUUCUGUAGCUUUCACUUGAGGCAAGGUGAGUACAAGGCUAGUACAGGCAUGAUAAGGAUGCUGCUCAAGUGGGAAUCCAAAAUAACAAGGCUUUUACAUUUUAAAGCAUUUGGUAAACUACCGCUGAGGGUUUUUUUUUUUUUUUCCUGUUGCCAAUAGCAAACUGCUUUUCCAUUAAUGGAGAAUUCAUGCCUUUCAAGCAUUUUAAAUAUGACAAUAUUUAUAAAUGUGUGGUUUGGAGGAACUGUUUAAAUUCUUUGCUAAUUUUCUUUCUCUUCAGGAUAGAUUCUUUCCACGAGUAAUUUGUAGUAACGACUGUGCUGGCUUCAAUUUUGGAGUGUCGUAGCUGUGUUAAAGAUGAACUAUUUGGUCUUAUUGAAGCCAACACAGAACUUGCUGCUGUGUUUUUUCUUCAGUGAAAAAUAAAAUACUUACAGAAUUUG